AAGUCGUUGUCGUUUAAUUUUUGCAGGCUCUCAAGUGCUUCCCCCCUGGCGGGUGGGAGUGCAGAGAGGAAAGUGCAAGAUGAGCACCAUGUUCGCAGACAUACUGCUCAUCGUUUUUAUCUCCGUGUGCACGGCUCUUCUUGCUGAGGGUAUAACCUGGGUCUUGGUUUACAGGACAGACAAGUACAAGAGACUGAAAGCGGAGGUGGAAAAACAGAGUAAAAAACUGGAAAAGAGGGGCGCCUGGAAGAAGGAAACAAUAACAGAGUCAGCUGGUCAACAACAAAAAAAGAAAAUAGAGAGGCAAGAAGAGAAACUGAAAAAUAACAACAGAGACCUAUCCAUGGUCCGAAUGAAAUCCAUGUUUGCAAUUGGCUUUUGUUUUACUGCCCUAAUGGGAAUGUUCAAUUCCAUAUUUGAUGGUAGAGUGGUGGCAAAGCUCCCUUUCACCCUUUCCUAUAUCCAAGGACUGUCUCAUCAAAACCUGCUAGGGGAUGACACCACAGACUGUUCCUUCAUUUUUCUGUAUAUUUUCUGUACCAUGUCAAUUCGACAGAACGUCCAGAAGAUUCUUGGUCUUGCCCCUUCACGAGCUGCCACUAAGCAGGCAGGUGGAUUUCUUGGUCCUCCACCUCCUUCUGGGAAGUUCUCUUGA